GCCGCGCCUGGCGGCGGCGGCGGCGGCGCGGACUGGCUGUCCGACGCCUCGCAGGGGCUGUCGCAGACGUCGGAGCGCAUCCAGUCGGGGCUGACCGACAUGUCCAGGCAGCUCUCGGAGCAGUUGAGUGCCGCUGGCCUGGGCUCGUGGUUCGAGCCGUCUGGGCGCCCCGCCGCGGGGGCGGCCCCGGCUCAGCCUGCGCCGCCGCCUGGCGACCUGCCCCACCGUUUCCUGGUGGUCGGCAGGGCCGGGGCGCUCGUGCGGGAGCGCGUGGAGCUGAGCAGCGGGGAGGUGUACAAAAUACCCGAAGGAGGGGGCACAACUUUUAUUGCGCUCGAGUCGACAAGAACGGCAGAAGGCACAUGGCGCCUACGCAUUGAAGACCCAGUGAGAGGCUGGCUCUCGUUCAAGACGGACAUCGUGAAGCGUAUCACGUCUUCCUGA